UGCUCUGUCUGUUGGGGAACAGAUAGGGGUGACAUGGAGGACGUGCCUUGUGAGAAGCGUUUGAAGCGUGAUCUUCGGCGUAUCGUGAAGCAGCGACUGGCAUCGCCAAUGGUACCAAAACAGGAGAGCAGUCAGGCAAACCAAUCCACUGGUGUUCUGCUGAUGUCCACGCUGUUUGAAGACUCUGAAAUGGCCACGAGUGAUGAUGACAUGCCGCAAAGUCAGCCGGCGGAUGCAGAGGCGCUCAUGUCUUCCCAGAGCUGGCUGUUAAACUCUGGUUCCUUCUCAGUGCAGCUGCUAGCCAACCUGGAUUCGUCGGGUGUGCUCGCAGAAAGCUCACAACCGUCAUCUGUAUCAAGCUCACAGGCCACUACGCCAGUCAGUGGAUCCUCUCAGCCACCUGCAGUGGGCACUGUGUUUCAGGCAUCCCAAGAUCCACGUCAAGUCUCCAGUCGUCGCUCGUCUACCAACAGCAGCUUCUCGCUGUCCACUUUUGACCUGGAGCAGUUGUUGGAGGAUGCCCAGGCCGCCAGUCAAAGUGUCUCGCGACAAACUUACGAUGCCGACACAGUCGCUAAUAACGGCAGUGUGUCCAGCAAUGUUCCAUCGACACCAGGCAGUACAAGUCAAGCUGAAGCUCAACGUGCAGUGGGUACCGGUGACCUGGGAGCACUGCUGCAGCUCCAAAAGGAGCGCGACGAAUUCCUGGAUGACAGCGACGACGAUGAGAUAUUGCGUGAGCUAGCCGAGCAGGACCGGGAGGAGAGCAUAGCUAUGUCACAGAUCUAUCGUGGCGACUUGCAUGAAGGCAUGCCUGGCAGCACAGGGCCCACGGCUACUGAGGGGCAUGGGUCUGCUUUGGACCUUGGAGCGCCCACGCUCUUGGGCUCUGUGAUCGGUGCUCAACCACUCACUCCCAGCUCAGAAGUGCCUGCACAAAUGUUUAAUUCGUCAUUUAAUGAGCUGCCACCCUGCAAUGCAUCCACCCCGGUCGGCCGGACUCACUCGGCACGUCGGAAAGCCAAACGCGUGCCCGCUGCCGGUGAAUCUGCUGCUUCUACCGCACUCGACACCACACUGCCGAUCGAUGACGGCCAAAUGGAAAGCCAGGACGCCGAGUGUUCGGAAUUUGUGCUUGAGGCUGACGGUUCACACAGUGCAAGUGACGAUGGUACAAUUGUAAUGGCCGGGAAUGGUGAUAAAACUAAUGAUGAGAACCUUGAGGCGAUUCUGUUUUCUUCACGGGUGUCGAAGAAUCUCUCCAACACGGCAAAGCGUCUGAAGAAACCUGCAAAGUGCUUGCGCGGUGAUUCGUUUCCGAAGGCAUCCCUACUUCAUUUCAAACACCAAGUAGAAAGUACUGAGUUGGCUGAUGCUGAGCUGGACAAACCGUUCUCUAGAGAGGCGACCGAUGUGUUUGCUUCACUAGAUUUCCCACAGCGUGAUCCUACUAGUGAAAUAGUAGAGAAGCCUGUCUGUGCUGCAAUGGACCGGCUAGAUGCCUUUGCGCUUGAACCUAUCUUGGCCGGAUCGGACGAGAUGGUCGGUGACUGUUGUGACAGUGAUCUUCUACCGGGUAUGAGUCCUGAGUAUCCUGCUCCGAUUGAACAACAUGUCAAGAAAGACGCAUCAUUGUCAGUGAUCGAGCUCUCCUCAUCCAGUGAAACAGAGGAGAUGGAGGCCAGGGGUAGCCCUGGCAGUCAGAAUAAUACCCUAGUGCAAGAAGAACAGUGCGACGAUGAUGUUGCUCUAUCUGACGCCAGUGACUAUCCAGCCGAAGCAGCCCGCAUUGAGACAUGGACACCGGUGGUGCUGGGUGAGACUGCAUACAUGACACCGACGUGCAAUCCACCAACCCGGCAAGACAUCAUUGCCAGCGCGCCCAGUCACAAUCUGCCGCUGUGCACUAAGCAAGAUGCAGAGUUCAGCAGCGUAUCAGACUACACCGGACCGAAGACUGUUGGUUUAACCAGGGUCUGUGUUUCAGCGCCAUGUGCUCUUGGCAUCGAGCCAUUCAACACUCGAAAGAUCACAUCCACCAAGAAGUCCUGGUUUAGUCUGAGUACCUGGCGGGCACGCAUCAACAGAAAUAAUUUUGUCUACUCGCACUUCGGCGCGAAGAUCGAGCUUUCUUCGGUGAACAUUCAGAAUGCUGACUCGCUGGCGCAGUGUGCGGAGGAGAGAGCGAAGCUUUUGCCACCACGCUCCUGCUGGCUCACACCGACCACGAAGCCACCCAGUCGCAAGGCGGUCAUCGCAUGGUCUAGGAAACAACGCUCAGCGCAGAAACCUCAGCCGGUAGCACCUAUAGCUGUUGCCAGCGUUGAGUCAAAGACUCCAGGAAAGGAUCCUGCAGAAAGUGAAAAGACCGAAUCGUCCGUAGAUAGUGCCAAUACCACAGAAAGUUCAAUGUGCCAGGAUGGGGAAGCACCAUCUCCUAAUGCUAACAUCACCAAGACCCUAUCGACAUCCUCUCAUGCUAGUGCAGGCAGCAAUUCUGGUAGUGAACUUGACAGCAGCUUUAUGGUUCCAACUCAGAUCCUUCCUAGCGCCGAUCACAUCACGGAAUACCAAAGCUGUCUGCCGCCCAUGAGCUCCGAGUCUUCAAGAACCGCGUCGGAUUCGGAUAGCCACCUCACCGCCGCACAGAGAGGCUGCUUUUUGGUGUCUGAGAGCAGUGUAUUCCGUGAUUCUCAGUCACCGACUCAAACUACUUCCGUGAGCACAGAGGGUUGCGCUGGCAAAGGAGAGUCUUCAAUCCCUUCUGCCAGUUGUGACACAGCUGAAGAUCGUCACACAGUAAUGGCAACAGAAGAUGAGAAAAUGGAGAGCGGAGAAGAUAGAGAUUGUGGUUCUCUCAACUCCAUGGCCACUGUGAGCCAAUCCAAGAGCAGCACACUGCGGCCUGACGUUUGUAAUGAGCAGGAAGAACCCAGUGAUAUGCCAAGCAGUGGUGCAUCCAGUGCAACUCCCAGUCAGCAGCGCCAGUCCUCCAUAUCAUCGGAUGGACUGGACGAUAGCGCUCUGAUUGCCAUGUUGGAUGCCACUGAGAGUGAGUUGGAAAAGAAUAACCAGUCAGCUUUUUCUGAUGUGCAAGGCUCACAGUCGACCGCAGUCGGCUCACCGGAACCUGGAGAUGAGCUUACAUGGCAUACAGGAUCACUGCACACAGGUACAGAUGCCUCCGGGGCGCCAAGUGAUCAGCAUAACCCGCUCGCUUCAGAAGAUCAAGAAACUCUGCGGCGAGCCAGUUUGACGGCGGAGCAGAUCUCUCAUACAAUAAUAAACACUGUCUCUAAUGUAUCUAUAGUGAGCUCCGGGGAGGUUGAGUGCAGUGCUGGUGCUGACAAGAUGCCGAGUUCUCUAGAGGUCGAUUGCCACACAUCCACCACAGCAUCGCCGGUCACACCGGCUCCCAGGUCUGCUCUGCGGAGCAGCGGCAAUCGAAGUAUGGUCAAACGAGUAAGUUCUUCUGUAAGCUUUUCAUUGGCUCCUGAUGAAAUUGUCACUCCAGUAGACAGCAAUGUUGCUGAACAAGAUACAGAUCCAUCGCCACCACCCGCUGCUGAACGACCAAACUUGUUGCUGUUCAAGGGAAAGUCCUCACCCAGUAGCCGCGUGUUCACGAGAACUCCGCUAGCCAAGCGCCGGCGUUCCUCUGGGCUUAAGUCGCAGAUUGAUGGCCCGACUCUGGCAAAUGAGCAUGGUUUUGAAGUUAGCAUGCUUGAUCUGGGUGAGGCGCACAGUGUCCACGAGUCUCAGCACUUGACUCUGCUGGAUGUAGAGGUGCAUGUGCGUAGUCGCGGCUCGCUGAUGCCGGACCCCGAUCAGGAUAUGGUGUGUGCCCUGUUCUACAUGAUUGAUCAGGAGUUAGGCGGCGGACGGUGUGAGACAACCACUGGUGUGCUGAUGGUGGAUAGCACCCCCGAUCCUGUGCCGCUCUCUCGCUAUGCAGUGACUAUUGGCCAGCACCAACUGGUGCGAGACGAAGCAGAUCUGUUUGCAAAGCUAGUUCUCCUCGUGGAGAAGUAUGAUCCGGAUCUUCUGCUUGGCUUCGAGGUUCAGAAGCGCUCUUGGGGUUACUUGCUGCAGCGUGCAACUGCCCUGCAUAUACCUCUCCUGACCCAACUCUCUCGGAUCACGGAAACUAAAGAAGCCAAAGCUGCUCCUCCGCAGGCAGAUGAUUCCGAGCAUCCAUCAAAUGCAUACAAUGCGCGUAAGAUGACGGAGCUGCGCAUUCCCGGCCGCAUUAUUCUCAACGUGUGGCGUUUGAUGCGACACGAAGCAGCUUUGACCAGCUAUACUCUACCCAGUGUGGCGUUCCACAUCCUCCAUGUCCGCAUUGCAGACUUUACUCACUCUCAACUUACUCGAUGGUUCGAUCAAGGAUCAGUAAUGCAGCGUUCAUACGUGCUUGAGUUCUACAUGCAACGUUGCCACUACACCAUGCAGCUGCUUCGACGACUCGACCUUGUGGCACGUACCAGCGAAAUGGCACGUCUGUUUGGCCUGCAGUUUUACGAGGUGCUGACCCGUGGCUCGCAGUUCCGCGUGGAGUCCAUGAUGCUGCGGCUGACGAAGGCUGCCAAUUACGUCGCCGUCUCGCCCAGCGUGCAGCAGCGGGCCAAGAUGAACGCGCCGGAGUGUGUGCCGCUAAUCCUGGAGCCGGAGUCACGCUUCUACUCCGACCCGGUGAUCGUGCUGGACUUCCAGUCGCUCUACCCGUCCAUGAUGAUCGCCCACAACUACUGUUACUCCACGUGCCUGGGCCGCCUGGCACAGUACUCCGACGACGGCGUGGACAGGAUCAAGUUUGGCUGCUCCACGCUGGAGGUCACCGCCGAUAUGCUCAAGGAGCUGGAAGACGACGUGUCUAUUUCACCGAACGGCAUUGUGUUUGUCAAGGAACACGUCCGCCGGGGAAUCUUGCCUCAGAUGCUGGAUGAAAUCCUCUCCACUCGCAUUAUGGUGAAGAAAGCCAUGAAGCAGUGCAAGGCAGACAAGUCUGUUCAUCGCAUGCUUGACCAUCGGCAGCUGGGUCUCAAGCUGAUAGCCAAUGUCACCUACGGGUACACAAAUGCAAACUUUUCCGGCCGGAUGCCAUGCAUAGAGGUGGCAGACAGCAUUGUGAGGAAGGGCCGUGAGACACUGGAGCGGGCCAUUCAGCUCGUGCGGAGUACGAGCAAGUGGGGCGGGCGUGUUGUAUACGGUGACACGGACAGCAUGUUUAUCCAAGUACCCGGUGUCAGCAAGGAGCGGGCAUUUGAGAUCGGCAAGGAGAUUGUGGAUGCUGUAACCGCCGACAACCCCAAGCCUGUCAAGUUGAAGUUUGAAAAGGUUUACUACCCAUGUGUCUUGCAAACCAAGAAGCGCUACUGUGGGUACAAGUACGAAACGCUGGAUCAGAAGGAGCCGGAAUUCGAGGCCAAGGGUAUAGAGACGGUGCGGCGUGACGGGUGUCCAGCUGUUGUCAAGGUUCUGGGACGUAGUCUGAAGCUGCUCUUUAGCACCCGUGAUGUGUCUCGGUGCAAGCAGUUCAUCCAGCAACAGUGUGUCAAGCUGCUGCAGGGCAAGGUCAACCUGCAGGACCUGAUCAUAGCCAAGGAAUACCGUGGCAUGGCAACUUACCAACCCACAGCCUGUGUGCCGUGCCUGGAGAUCACGCGACGCCUUUUAUCCGUUGAUCGGCGUGCUGAACCACUGGUAGCAGAGCGAGUGCCAUACGUUGUUGUGUGCGGGACUCCAGGACAACCUCUUAUUCAGCUCGUCAGGCGGCCAGCUGAAGUUCUGGAGGACAGCUCAUGUCGCCUGAAUGCCGUCUACUACAUCACCAAGCAGCUUCUACCGCCGUUGAACCGCGUCUUCCACCUGCUGGGAGUUGAUGUCUUCUCUUGGUAUUCAGAAAUGCCUCAUGUUGUUCGGCUUAAUGCCAUGUUCCUGUCAACAGCAGUUACAGCAAAGGGCAAUUUGGCUGAGUUCUUCUCAUCGUUACAUUGUCCUAUCUGUCAAGCAAUGACCAGAAGAGGUGUUUGCACUAAGUGUAGAGACAACCGAGAGCAGACGGUGGCGAUUCUGGCACAACGACUCAACCGACUCGAGUCCAGCCUUAGCCGAUUGGAAGAAAUUUGCAAGUCAUGUUGCCGACGUCAGCACCACACUAGCGCAUGCUCGUCUCUGGACUGUCCUGUCUUCUACCGGCGCCAUCAGACUAGCGCUGCACUGCAGAUUGCUGCCCCACUGCGCGACACGUUCCUCCUAGCACCAUAUGCCAUGCAGGACGGUGCAUACGGCCUUGCUCUCCCAGCCUUGCCCGGCAACCCCGGUGAUAUGCAGCAGGCAAGUGGCAAUGACAGUGUCCUGUCAUGUGAUAUGCUUGACUCAUCAGGAAUCUUCCUUAGCUCAGGAGAGGACUCUGAGUCUGGUGUCGAGUGAGGCUGCGCUUUCCCAAUUCCACGUACCGGUGUGGAUAUUGAUAUUCAAGCUACAAGGGUGUUUUGUUCAAAGCAAUUUCCAUUCCACCUGAUCAUCUGGGAAUUGUGUUUGAAGUUCGCAGCCCAUCACUGGAUAUGGCUGGCAGCUAAGCAGUGACAUCGCUCAUAGCAGCCUUACACUAGCCACACAGUGCGGGCUUAUUCGCAGUGGGGCUGGAUGAUCUAUCGCUAUUUUCUAGUUUUCCUUUGUGCAUUUCAGUUAUGCCGUAUUUUAUUUAACCAAGAAUUGCUGCUGGGUGUAUAGAUAAAGUCUCUGCAAGCGUAAUAUCAUUCACUCUAGGAGGAACAAGUGGAACAGAAAUAUACUUCAUGACAUGGUAUGUUCUAUAAUCGCCAUCACAAAAAAAAACAGACUUGUAUUGAAGCAUGGCAGGUUUUGCUUGAAAGUUGAAAAUAUUAUCCUUUACUCAUAUCGCCUUGUUUUUGGGCCUAGAUCACCAGUGGCACGAAAUAGUCAUAAAACAUCAUUCUGGGGGAUUUUUGGGUUUCUUUUUUUCUUUCAUUUUUGAGAUGCUGGCAUCCCUCCAACUUUUACAUGAUGGUGAGGCUGGUUCCUCUCUUUUUUUAGUUUGCUUGACGAAUAGGAUUAUUUUAGAAUUUUAUGAUAGUGAUCGUAUCGUCGUGAGUCAGUCAAGUGUCAAGUUCGGCAAGAAGCGUGUGUUCCUAGUUGGAACAAUCAACUUCAUGACUAAUACCGCCGAAGUCGCAACUUCUAAGUUCGUGAUCGUAUGGUGGCGUAUUUUUUCUAUUUUCCUUUAUGCUGCACUAUUGCGGAUCUCUCCUGGCUCUUCUUGACAUGUUGGAACCUUGA